AUGCGAUUAGCUUUAGUUGCUGACAAGAUUUCUAGAGAUCGUUUCAAGAUUCUUCGUAUGGCAUUCCAUGUUGUCGAUAGUGAUGAUGCUCCGGCAGGAAACCAGAAUUCACUGUGGAAAGUCCAACCUGUACUUACUCAAGUCAAAAAUGCUUGCGACAAAUUAGAACGUCAACCAGGCUUUUAUUCCAUCGACGAGCAAAUGAUUCCAUUCUCUGGGACAUGUCCACGUGGUUUGAGACAAGUAAUAAAAACAAAGCCGCGUCCACAAGGGCUAAAAGCUUUCGUCGCUACUACUUACGAUGGUUUGAUGAUCGACUUCGAAGUUUAUCAAGGCGCAAAAACAAACUUUGGAGACAAAUCUCUAGGCGUUGGAGCUUCUGUCAUUCUUCAUCUCUCUAAGUCAAUCCCACGCGGUAGUUGUCUAUAUUUUGACCGGUUUUUUUCAUCUAUACCUUUACUUGAGAGAUUGAAUGAAUUGGGACUACAUGGGACCGGGACAAUAAUGAUGAAUAGAGUUCCUGAGAGGAAGAACAUGGACUUCAAGCUAGAUCGCAAAAUGAAACGUGGCGAAUCUCAACAAUUUGUUAGCAAUGAUGUUGUUGUUGUUAAAUGGAUGGAUAACAAAUCCGUCCUUGUAGCAUCCAAUUGUACAUCUGGAGAUGAUUCUUGUCUCAUUAAGCGAUGGGAUAAAAAUCUCUCAGCAUUUACAGACGUAAGCUGUCCAAAAGUAAUCGCAAAUUACAAUAAGAACAUGGGAGGUGUAGAUAUACUCGAUCAAUCCAUAGAAUACUACCGGACCUUCAUAAAAACGAAAAAAUGGACUCUAAAAGUCAUCCUCCAUUUUUUUGACUUGGCCAUUUCGAAUGCUUGGCGUUUGUAUGUGUUAAAUUCGAUCACAACUAGAGUACCCAAAAGUAAAAUAAUGGACUUGUUGGAGUUUCGAAUGCAAGUGUCAGAUGGCCUUGUCAACGCACCAGAACGUAAAAGAAGAUCUGAUACUGAUGAACAAGAUGAGAACCAGGCUCCUAAUACGUCUAAGUUCCGUCGACCGAAUCCACCUUCUGUAGCCAAAAGGAAUCAGGCCUGA